UUUUGGUUUUAAUAAUGUUCUUUUUGCACUCAUAAUAUUUUCUGUAUCAGAAAACAAAUGUUCACUUAGUGUGCUUGUUGCAAGAUUUGAAAGAAAUUUUUGUGCUAUUUCACUUAAAAUUGAGAACUGUUAUUUUUGUAAAGACUAUCAUACCACAAAGUUUGCAUCAAAAUCAAGCUUAGGAAGAGCAAGAUAA